CACAGUAAAGAUGGCCGCCUGCGGGGGGAACACAGACGGUCAGGACAGCAUACUGGAGCCACUGUGUUUCCCAGAGCAGACAGCUGAUGGUACCAUUGCUCCCAGUCUGCAGAGGCCCAGUUCAGAUCUGCUGGUGUGUCUGUUCUGCCCCGAGUCCGUCCCCCUACAGCAGAAAGACAGCCUCCUGAAACAUCUACUGCUGGAGCACAAGCUGGUCAUUGCUGAUGUCAAACUCAUCGCUGACCUCCCAAAGUACAUGUUGUACUGGAGGGGCAGAUUUCUGGAACAACCAGUCACAGAUUUCUGCAGCGUGAUCAAGACAAACUCCACUGGCCCUGUAGAGAAGCAGCAGGAUUAUUUCCUCCUGUGUGACGUCCUUCCUGAAGACAGGAUCCUCAGAGAGCGGCUGCAGCAGAAACGACUGGAGGAGGUUUUGGAGCAGCAGCAGAAGGAGAGAGACGACAACAGCUUCCAUCGUCUCUGCAUGUUCUGCAGCGACGAGUUCACAGGAAACAGGUCGUCUCUGCUGAACCACAUGGCUCGAGAACAUUCCUUCAGCAUCGGUCUGCCUGACAACAUCGUCUACUGUAACCAGUUUCUAGAUGCUCUGCAGAACAAGCUGGACAAUCUGCAGUGUUUGUACUGUGAGAAAACCUUCAGAGAUAAAACCACCCUGAAGGAUCACAUGAGGAAGAAAGCUCACCGCCGAAUCAACGCCAGCAAUCGAGAGUACGACCGCUUCUACGUCAUCAACUACCUGGAGUUGGGAAAAAGCUGGGAGGAGGUGCAGAGUGAAGACGAUCGAGAGCUGGUGGAGGAUGAUGAUGAUGAUUGGUCGGACUGGCAGGCUCAUCCGGUCUCUGCUGUGUGUCUGUUCUGUGAUCAUCAAUCAGAGACGAUGGAUCAGAUCUACACUCAUCUAAAGGAAUUUCACAGCUUUGACCUCCAUAAACUGAGGACAGAUCUCAAUCUGCGGUUCUACCAGCAGGUCAAACUGGUGAACUUCAUCCGCCGUCAGAUCCACCAGAGCCGCUGCUACGGCUGUCAGGAGAAGUUCGACUCCAGAGACGACGUGCUGCAUCACAUCGCCGCCGAAGGUCACGCCAUGCAGCUGCCGGACAUUUCCACCUGGAACCAACCACAGUAUUACUUCCCCACGUAUGAGAACGAUGCCCUCCUGUGUACGCUGUCUGACAGCGAUGAAGACGAAAGUGCCGACACGGACCACGGCGAGGACGUCCCGGUGAUCGCUGAGGACAUCUCAAACCUCCGAGCACUGAAGCAGACGAGCGUCCUGAACCAGCUGCUGAAGAACAGAAACUCCUCCAGCUGAGACUACGGACAUGUUUGGGGCUUUUCUUCAUCUUAAUGCACACUUGACCUUAUUUCAGGGCUGAAAAACUCUUGGAAGAUCAUCAAAUCCUCAGAGGCUUUUCUCUGGAAAUCAUGAACUUAUUAGCACUUAGGCCGUGCUCCUCAAAAGACUAAAACAUUUCAACAAACAUGCACAUUAAAAACACUUCAGAGUGUGCUCGUACUAGGAUACCUGUCCCUGCACUUACACUGCUACAGGCUCAACCAGGUCUGAGCACAGAUGCUUCAUCACGUCGUAAUACGACUCACGGCUUACAGGAAGCAUGCUCUCACAUGCAGACUCCAUGGCAGACUCUGUGGCUUCGUUUGCUUCUUCACAGCCACGCUGUGUACCUGUUAUUGUGCAUGAGCAAUCGUCUGCGCCGAAGCCCACCUCGUCAUCCGUGUCAGUGCCAAGUAAGCACCAAGCCUGAGUGCAGUAUGGAGCAUUAAAACUGGUCAGGCAUGCUUGGAUGUGAAUCGGCUGCUUCGUGUGAGACCGCCCUUAAAAACCAUAAGGAGCCUUUGCAGAAGUGCACAGUCUGCAGAAUAGUCAUCACACAUGCUGUGUUUGAAUAUUAAGUUUAUUUCCUAAAAUAAAGUCUUAUUUUGUAAAUUUAAAAAACGUUUUCAAGGAGAAAAUGUUUUAUGGAUGCAGCUUCUGAGAUCUAGAAGAAUAAAAAUCCUGGGCUGUGACACGUCAAACCAAAGACAGACAUUUAAAGAUCAUAAAGCUUCUUCUCACUGACUGAGGAACUCAGGUGUUUUAAAUUCUGGGCCUGAGUAAUAGGAACUCAUUUUUUUGGAUUCCUCAACUUGAGAAUUCCAGCCUGUUUCAGUCAUUUUAGUCUACUGCAGCUGAUUUGAUGACUGCCAUAACUCAGACAAUGAUAAAGGUACUUUAAUUAGAGUAUUUUGAAUUUUAGUCAGAUUUUAGAUAUUAGAAUAUUUACCUUUAUCUAGUAUGAGUUUCAGGAUUUUUAGAAUAGUUCAUUAUGUAUUAGCUGUUGUUUUGCUAAAGUGAUCACAUGCAGCUUUUUUUUUAAACUGUGCCUGUAGAAAACCCGCCUCAAUCAGAUUAUUUAUCAGAGAGGCAAAAAUAAUUCCUUCUUCUUCGUUGUCUUCUGAAGAAUAUCUCAGUAGGUGAAUCGGUUUGAAGUGUCCGCUCUAAUACAAGACGACUUUUCAGACAGUAAAAACCUUUUUUGAAGAUUUUUUUCCUCAACUGUUAGAGCAGCUGAAAACGCCACAGGUUCUUUCUAAUGUCUUUGACACCGCUGUCAAAAAUCAAGUUGCAUAAAAAGUGGUGUUAAACAGAGAUAGAAGUUAAUUUCCUGAUUCACAUAUGCUAGGAGUGUCCAAACUAUGGUGGAAAAAGUUAGGACAGC